AGUAUAAGUAAAAAAUUUUCAGGUCCUCCACUAAACAAGACCUCACUGUGUUGGCCGCAACGGCAACAGUAGUACCCCGCCCGCUCUAUAAAUACCCCCGACGACAGGGAACGGAGCUAGCAACAAUCACUGCAGUACACAGCACAUUUGCAAAGUUGUAGUUCAUCAAACGUAGCGGCUAGGUGUAGCGCUAUAUAUAGCUCCAUCUGCUGCGACGACAUGGCGGGCACCACCAGGAGGAGCAGGAAGUCCUCGUCGUCGAGCUCAUCGGCGCAGCAGCAGCUGGCUGCCGGCGCGCUGCUUGUGGCCGUUGUCGUGUUGGUGGCGGCGUCGUCGUCGGGCGUGCUGGUGGCGGUGGAGGCGGUGUGCGACAUGAGCAACGAGCAGUUCAUGUCGUGCCAGCCGGCGGCGGCGAAGACGACGGACCCGCCGGCGGCGCCGUCGCAGGCGUGCUGCGAGGCGCUGGCGGGCGCGGACCUCAAGUGCCUGUGCGGCUACAAGGACUCGCCGUGGAUGAGCGUGUACAACAUCGACCCCAAGCGCGCCAUGGAGCUCCCCGCCAAGUGCGGCCUCGCCACGCCACCCAACUGCUAGCCAUGCUAAUAAUAAGCUAAGCAAGGGCGCUGGCCUGGCUAGCAUUGCCCUACGUUGUACUACGUGUGUUGUUGCAUUAUAUAUAUUUAUUAUUACUGUGUGUACAUCUGCAGCAGGAGGGGGCCCGGCCGUACGUACGUGCCACAUCGAUCUUGUCACGUACUAACAUGCAUAUGUUCUUGUCGUGUGUGCUCCGUGCUGGCGUGUGUGUGUGUGUGUGUGUGUCGUCGUUGGUACAUCUUGUCACGUACUAACAUGCCCGUGGUUGGUUUGUUGGACUGUUUGUGCGUACGCGCGCAUGUGUGUGAUGUGUACUUCGGUAGUGUGGGUGACUGCCUGGCAAAAGUUGCAUCUUGUGCCCUCUCGCUCGCUCGAUCUCUCUGUAUGUAUCUAUAUAUAUAUAUAUAUAAGGAGUGUUUUUGAUGCUAAA